CCAUAUAUGUUAAUAUUUUUGUGGUCUUUAUGCAGGCACUGAACUUACCUUCAAUUACAACCUAGAGUGUCUUGGGAAUGGAAAAACUGUCUGCAAAUGUGGAGCCCCGAACUGCAGUGGCUUCUUGGGUGUGAGGCCAAAGAAUCAACCCAUUGUCACGGAAGAAAAGUCAAGGAAAUUCAAGAAGAAGCAACAUGGGAAGCGCAGGAGCCAGGGUGAAGUCACAAAGGAAAGAGAGGAUGAGUGUUUCAGCUGUGGGGAUGCUGGUCAGCUCGUCUCCUGCAAGAAGCCAGGCUGCCCAAAAGUUUAUCAUGCCGACUGUCUCAAUCUGACCAAGCGACCAGCAGAAGAGGAAGCUGAAAUUCUGGGGAAGGAGUAAUGGCAGGGAAAUGGGAGUGUCCUUGGCACCAGUGUGACGUAUGUGGGAAGGAAGCAGCCUCCUUUUGUGAGAUGUGCCCCAGCUCCUUUUGCAAGCAGCAUCGAGAAGGGAUGCUUUUCAUUUCCAAGCUCGAUGGGCGUCUGUCUUGUACUGAACAUGACCCCUGUGGGCCCAACCCUCUGGAACCAGGGGAGAUCCGUGAGUAUGUGCCUCCCCCAGUGCCACUGCCUCCAAGUCCCAGCACUCAACUGACAGAGCAGUCAUCAGGGAUGGCUACUCAAGGGCCCAAGAUGUCUGAUCAGCCACCUGCUGAUGCUACCCAGACGCUGCCAGUCUCCAAAAAAGCUCUGACAGGGACUUGUCAGAGGCCACUGCUACCUGAAAGACCUGAGAGAACUGAGUCUAGUUCCCACCUUUUAGAUAGGGUCAGAGACCUUGCUGGGUCAGGGACCAAAUCCAAGUCCUUGGUAUCCAGCCAGAGGCCACAGGACAGGCCACCUGCUAAAGAAGGACCAAGACCUCAGCCAUCUGACAAAGCCUCUCCAAUGACCAAGUCAAGCUCCUCACCCUUAGUCAGGUCCCUGCCACUGGAAAAACCUCUGGGAAUGAUUGACCCAAGGCUGGAUAAAUCCAUAGGUGCUGCCAGCCCAAAGUCCCAGUCAGUGGAGAAAACCCCAGGCCCCACUGGCCUGAGACUUUCACCACCAGACAGACUGCUGACCACCAGCAGUCCCAAACCCCAGAUUUCUGACAAGCCACCAGACAAAUCCCAUGCCUCUUUGACCCAGAGACUUCCACCUCCUGAGAAAGUACUAUCAGCUGUGGUCCAGUCUCUGGUAGCUAAAGAAAAGGCACUGAGGCCUGUGGACCAGAACACUCAGUCAAAGCACAGAGCUGCUUUAGUGAUGGAUCUCAUAGACCUAACUCCUCGCCAGAAGGAGCGGGCUGGUUCUCCUCAUGAAGUCACACCACAGGCAGAUGAAAAGAUGCCAGUGCUGGAGUCAAGUUCAAGGCCAUCUAGCAAAGGUCUGGGGCAUAUGCCACGAGCUGUGGAAAGAAGCAGCGUGUCAGAUUCCCUUCAGCCCGCUGGAAAAGCAGCAGCUCCUUCAGAACACCCUUGGCAGGCUGUUAAAUCAUUCACCCAGGCCAGACUUCUCUCUCCACCUUCUGCCAAGGCUUUUUUAUAUGAAUCAGCAACUCAAGCCUCAGGAAGAGCUUCUGUGGGAGCUGAGCAGACCCCAGGACCUCCCAGCCCAGCACCGGGCCUGGUUAAACAGGUGAAGCAGCUAUCUAGAGGAUUUACAACCAAGAGUGGGCAGUCCUUCAGGUCUCUUGGGAAGAUCCCAGCUUCUCUCCCCAAUGAAGAGAAGAAGUUGUCAACCACAGAACAAAGUCCCUGGGGCCUGGGAAAAGCUUCACCAGGGGCAGGGCUUUGGCCCAUAGUGGCUGGACAAACACUAGCCCAGGCUUGCUGGUCUGCUGGGGGAACACAGACAUUAUCACAAACUUGCUGGUCCCUUGGAAGAGGGCAAGACCCCAAACCAGAGCAAAAUACAAUUCAAGCUCUUAACCAGGCUCCUUCUAGUCGCAAAUGUGCAGAGUCAGAACAGAAAUAAUACAGUAAAUAUCACAUAACCAGGCAAGCUGUCCCCAGGGUACCAUUUGGGGCGGGAAAUCUUCCUUUCUUUUUCCUUUUUGGAAAACAGACAUAUUCCCACACUUCCACUGUUCUUCUUUCCUUCUAUCCCAACACUCAGAACUCUCGUGACAUUAGCCCAUGGGGACUUUUGGUUGUGUGAACCGUGUAUGGAAAUUCGUCGGGCCCCAGUCAAGAGACAGACAGACUUGAGUCUCUUUGCCCUGACUUUUACAUAUGGUCAACUUAAAAUAAAAAGUCCACUCUGGAAUCAA